AUGGUCGUGCCUCGUGGCACGGCAGCACCCGUACUAUUGAAAUGGUUUUUCAGUAGAGAUGUUCCCAUAGGUGCCCCUUCUUCCAAUGGAAAUUCAUACGCUCCAUGGACGGAGCAAAAAGUGGAGUCUUGGUCAGAGCAAGCCGCCCCAUUCUAUUACCAGACAAAAUUCGGAGAAGCUCACCCGAAACUAGAGCUAGAAACGCCUUAUUUC